AUGGCAUCACUUAAAGAGGUUAAUGAGAAGGCAUAUGCUUGGUUGAUGAAGAAAAAUCCAAGUGAGUGGAACAAGAGUCAUUUUAGGCUCCAUGUAAAAUUAUGUGUGAAAAGGGAGAGUGUUUCCAAAUGGGUGCAUCCUGUAGGAAAGAUGGUUAGGGAGGUCAUUGAAAAGAACAAGCAUGUGGCCAGACACUGCCAGUCCACUAGAGCAGACUCACACAAAUUCCAGGCACAUUUUCGUGACUCAGAGUGGUUCUCUGUGAAUUUGGUGGAUAGGGUAUGUACUUGUAGAUGUUACCAGUUGACUGGUAUACCUUGUGGCCAUGCCUUGGCUGCCAUUUGGAGCUCCAACUUAAAUGUGAUGGAUUUUGUGGAUUUGGCUUACAAGAAAGAGGCUUUUAUAGCUCAGUAUGCUGGUAUUAUAGAGCCAAUGCCAUCACCUAAUAAGUGGCCAGAUCCAUGA